AUUAGAAAGGCAAUUCCAGAACGCAACGGAGGGCACCAGGGGUGUCAGCGAGGGUGUGCCACAGCAGGACGCCCCUCCUGCAGCCUAAAGGGCAGGGGCAGAGUAGAAGGCAUCCAAGCUCUGGCCCCAGCACAGAAAGGGAGAGGCCGGAAGCAGCCCUGGGAGAUGACAUGUCCAGAUAGUCAAGAACGGGAGAUACCCUGAGCAAGAGGGGGCUUGGGAAGGGCUGGAGCGCACCCACGUGUGUCAGCCUGUGACCUGCUUCGGGGGGCUGGCAGGAGCGGCCAUGGAAGAAACCUACCUGCUGAAUGUGGAAGGCGUCAAAAAGAAGAUUCUGCAUGGAGGCCAAGGGGAGCUGCCGAAGUUGCAGGAUGGGAGCAAGAUCACCUUCCACUUCCAGACGCUGAAGGAUGACUUUGAGCGGACAGUGAUCGAUGACAGCCGGGAAGCUGGCUUCCCCAUGGAGCUCAUCGUGGGCAAGAUGUUCAAGCUGGAGAUCUGGGAGACGCUGCUCAGCUCCAUGAGACCUGGGGAGGUGGCCGAGUUCUGGUGCGACGCCAUCCACACGGGCAUGUACGCCCUGGUCUCCAGGGGCAUGCGGAGGAUCGCAGAGGGCCAGGACCCCCUGGAAGGGCAGAAUCACCGCUGCGGCAUGGGCAACAUGUUUGACUACCACAGCACGGGCUAUGAUGACCUGGAUGAGCUGCAGCGGACGCCGCAGCCCCUCAUCUUCAUCAUGGAGUUGUUCCGGGUGGAGGAGCCCUCAGCAUACAAGCGUGACACCUGGGCAAUGAGCAAGGAGGAAAAGCUGGCAGCAGUGCCUGUGCUGCACAGUGAAGGCAACCGCCUCGUCCUCCGCAAGGAGUUUGGACAGGCAGCAGCAAAGUACCAGGAGGCUGUCAUCUGCCUGAGGAACCUCCAGGCCAAGGAGAAGCCAUGGGAAGAGGGCUGGCUGAAGCUGGAGAACCUGGUCACGCCACUGGUGCUCAACUACUGCCAGUGCCAGCUGGAGCUGGGCGAGUACUAUGAGGUGCUGGAGCACACGACAGAGCUCCUCCAGAAACACAAUGGCUUCGACAUUGUAGCCAAGUUACCGAGCCAGCCUCCUGGGGAGCCCACAGUCCCACUCCUGCAUGACCUAUGUUGCCCUGAGAUCUUCUGGAGCUGA